UGCCGAUAGUCACUACCGGUUCGGCUCGCACAGUUCGCGCUUGUUUAUUUAUAGAGCACCUUUGAUUUCUCUUUCUGGGGCUACGUUGAUGUCGGUGUCAGGACUACGAGUAAUACCUUGAAGAUUUCUAAAUAGUCUUGCCAUUGUUGCCUACAGUAUCAGAGCUUGCGAAUCAAGAAUUUGCAGUAUGGUGGAACAUGAAAAGCCUAGUUUACAGCAGUAUAAUUACAAAAACGAGGUUAAAAGAAGUCAAUGGUAUGAAGAAGAUUUAGAUGACAAUGAUUUUUUGCGAAAGGAUUUUCCAGUGUUGUCAUCAAACCUAAACUGCAGAAGAGCAUGUAUAGGCCAACAAGAAUAUGAAGGUACCAAUAAAUGUAUGGCAUUGGCAACAUACAGAAAUGCUGGAUGCAUUAACAUUGAUAGGUUAAGUGAAGUAUACAAUCAACAUGAACAAACUGCAAGUGCAAGUUUGAAUUUAGAAAAGAAAAAUGAAGAGUUGAAAUAUAAAUGUGAACAUUGUGGAAAGAAAUUUGAUUUAGCUGCAUUGACUUCUCAUUUAGGAAUUAAAGCUGAAGAGAAGCAAUUUGAAUGUGAUUAUUGUGUAAAGAAUUUUGACAGUAGAAGUGAAUUGGAAGCACAUUUGUUGAUACACACUGAAAAAAUAACACCAUAUGAAUAUGGUGAUUGUGGAAACAGCAAUGAUGAUGAUUUAGGGGAAAACACAGAAAAGACAACAUGUGAAAGUGAAAGUUGUGAAAAUACGUUUGAAGAAAGUGGUAGAUUAAAUAAUGUUACAAAUGGAGCAGACACACCAUAUACAUUUGAACAUUGUGGGAAAAAAUCAAAUCAUUAUGGUGUGUUAAAUAAAAGUUUAAAUAUGUCCAAAAAAGACUUGGUGUUUCAAUGCCAACAUUGUGGGAAAAAAUGUAAUAGCAGUACUAUUUUAAAACUACAUUUGAUGACACACACCGGAGAAAAACCAUAUGCAUGUGAACAUUGUGAAAAAAAAUUCAGUAACAGUGGUAAUUUAAAAAGGCAUCUGAGGAUACACACAGGAGAAAAACCAUAUGAAUGUGAACAUUGUGGAAAGAAGUUUAAUCAAAGUGGAAGCUUAAAAACACAUUUGAUGAUACACACAGGAGAAAGACCCUAUGAAUGUGAACACUGUGGGAAGAGAUUUAAGUGUAAUGGCGAGUUGAAAGAGCAUUUGAUGGUACAUACAGGAGAAACACCUUACGUCUGUGAACACUGUGGAAAGAAGUUUAAAUCAAAUAGCAAUUUUAAAGUGCAUUUGAGGACACACACAACAGAGACACCAUAUAAAUGUAAAUAUUGUGGUAAGAAAUUUAAUAGAAGUGGUCAUUUAAACAAACAUCUGAGAAUACACACAGGAUAUAAACCAUAUGAAUGUGAACAUUGUGGGAAAACGUUUACUCAGAGUAGUAACUUGAAAAUCCAUUCAAGGAUACACACAGGUGAAAAACCAUAUGAAUGUGAACAGUGUGCAAAGACGUUCAAGUGUAAUGGCGAGUUGAAAUUGCAUUUGAGGGUACAUACAGGAGAAACACCUUAUGACUGUGAAGACUGUGGGAAGAAGUUUAAAAUAAGUAGCAAUUUUAAAGUGCAUUUGAGGACACACACAGCAGACACCCCAUAUAAAUGUAAACAGUGUGGAAAGGAGUUUAAUAGUAUUGGUUAUCUUAGAAUGCAUUCAAGAGUACAUGCAGAAAAGAAAACUUCUGAAUGUGAACAUUGUGGACAGAAGUUUAAAGAAAGUUCUGAUUUCAAAAGACACACGAGGACACAUCCAGCAGAAACUCCAUAUGAAUGUAAACAUUGUAAAAAAAAAAUUAUAGACAUUGGUAGAUUGGAGACACAUUUGAAGAUACACAAAAAGGAAAUGCCUUUUCAGUGUCAGCAUUGUGGAAAGACAUUUAAUAGCGGUAAAAUCUUAAAACUACAUCUGAUGACACACACUGGAGAAACAACAUACACAUGUGAACAUUGUGAAAAGAAGUUCAGUAACAGUGGUAAUUUAAAAAGGCAUUUACAAAUACACACUGGAGAAAAGCCACAUGAAUGUGAACUUUGUGGAAAGAAGUUUAAUCAAAGUGGAAGUUUAAAAGCACAUUUGAGGAUACACACAGGAGAAAAACCAUAUAAAUGUGAAUAUUGUGGGAAGAAGUUUAAUCAAAGUGGAAGUUUGAAAUCCCAUCUGAAGAUACACUCUGGAGAAAGACCAUUUGAAUGUGAAAAUUCUGGACACACAAAAAAGAUGUCAUUUCAAUGUCAGCAUUGUGGAAAGAAAUUUAAAAGUAAUGCUGAUUUACAACUUCAUUUGAGAACACACACCACCAGAAAAACAUCAUUUACAUGUGAACAUUGUGAAAAGAAGUUAAGUAACAGUGGUAACUUAAAAAGACAUUUACAAAUACACACUGGAGAAAAGCCACAUGAAUGUGAACAUUGUGGAAAGAAGUUUAAUCAAAGAGGGAGCUUGAAAACACAUUUGAGAAUACAUACAGGAGAAAGACCAUAUGAAUGCGAACACUGUGGAGAGAAGUUUAAGCAAAGUGGAAGUUUGAACAAUCAUUUGAAGAUGCACACAGGAAAAGACCAUUGUGGGAAGAAUUUAAAUCAAAGUGAUAGUUUGAAAUCCCAACUGAGGGCUCACUUAGGAGAAGGACCAUACUAUGAAAAUUCCAGAUACAAAUGCAAAGAAAGCGAUAAUUUUAAAAGACAAAUGAGGACACAUCCAGUAGAGACAUAUGAAUGUGGACAUUGGCAAAAGAAAUUUAAAGAUCAUGUUAUAUUGAAAAUGCAUUUGAAGACACACACAAAAAAGAUGUCAUUUAAAUGUCAUCAUUGUGGAAAGAAAUUUAAAAGUGAUGCUGUUUUACAACUUCAUCUGAGGACACACACCAGAGGAAGAUCAUAUACAUGCGAACAUUGUGAAAAGAAAUUCAAUAAUAGUGGUAAUUUAAAAAGACAUUUGAGGAUACACACUGGAGAGACAUAUACAUGUGAACAUUGUGAAAAGAAAUUUAACAACAGUGGUAACUUAAAAAGACAUUUGAGGAUACACACUGGAGAAAAACCACAUGAAUGUGAACAUUGUGGAAAGAAAUUUAAUCAAAAUAGUAGCUUAAAAACACAUUUGAGGAUACACACAGGAGAAAGACCCUAUGAAUGUGAACAUUGUGGAAUGAAGUUUAAGCAAAUUGGAAGUUUGAACUAUCAUUUGAAGGUGCACACAGGAGAAGAUAAACCACAUGAAUGUCAGUUUUGUGGAAAGAAGUUUGAUAGCAGUACCAUUUUAAAAGUGCAUCUGAUGACACACACUAGAGAAAAACCAUAUACAUGUGAACAUUGUGAAAAGAAGUUCAAUAAUAGUGGUAAUUUAAAAAGACAUUUAAGGAUACACACAGGGGAAAAACCACAUGAAUGUGAACAUUGUGGAAAGAAGUUCAAUCAAAGAGGGAGCUUGAAAAUACAUUUAAGGAUACACACAGGAAAAAGACUCUAUGAAUGUGAACAUUGUGGAAUGAAGUUUAAGCAAAUUGGAAGUUUGAACAUUCAUUUGGACGUGCACACAGGAGAAAAUAAACCGCAUGAAUGUCAGUUUUGUGGAAAAAAGUUUGAUAGCAGUACCAUUUUAAAAGUGCAUCUGAUGACACACACUGGAGAAAAACCAUAUACAUGUGAACAUUGUGAAAAGAGGUUCAAUAAUAGUGGUAAUUUAAAAAGACAUUUAAGGAUACACACAGGGGAAAAACCACAUGAAUGUAAACAUUGCGGAAAGAAGUUUAAUCAAAAUAGUAGCUUAAAAACACAUUUGAGGAUACACACAGGAGAAAGACCCUAUGAAUGUGAAAAUUGUGGAAUGAAGUUUAAGCAAAUUGGAAGUUUGAACCAUCAUUUGAAGGUGCACACAGGAGAAGAUAAACCACAUGAUUGUCAGUUUUGUGGAAAGAAGUUUGAUAGCAGUACUAUUUUGAAAAUGCAUUUGAUGACACACACUGGAGAAAAACCAUAUACAUGUGAACAUUGUGAAAAGAAGUUCAAUAAUAGUGGUAAUUUAAAAAGACAUUUAAGGAUUCACACAGGGGAAAAACCACAUGAAUGUGAACAUUGUGGAAAGAAGUUUAUUCAAAGUGGAAGCUUGAAAACACAUUUGAGGAUGCACAGGAGAGAAAACACAUGAAUGUGAGCAUUAUGAAAAGAAAUUUAAGAAUAUUGACAAAUUUAAAGUACAUUUACCGUGUACACACAGAAAAGACUUUCCAUGAGUAUGAGCAUUGUGGAAAGAAAUUUAAAAGUAACUUUUAUAAUGUAUUUGAGAACACGCAUCGGAGAAAACUUGCAUGCAUGUGAACAUUGUGGAAAGAGCUAAUCAAAGUUGUAAUUUGAACAACCAUUGGGAGAAUAAUAAACACAAGAGAAAAUCCAUAUUAUUAAUUUGAACAUUGUGGAAAGAUGUUUACUCGAAGUGGUAGCUUGAAAACUCAAUUGAGGAUACACUCUGUAGAAAAACCCAUUUGCAUGUGAACAUUGUGGAAUGAACCAUUUGAACAACUAUAUGAAAAUACACACAGGGAAAAAAAACCAUAUGAAUGUGAACAUUGUGAAAUGGAGUUUAGUGUAAUGAUGGUUUGAUAGGACAUUUAAGAAGAGUACAGGCAGGAGAGACACCUUAUGACUGUGUGAGCACUGUGGGAAGAAGUUUAAAAUAGUAGCAAUUUAAUGGUGCAUUUGAGGACACACACAGGAGAGACACCAUACUGUAUAUAUUUCAACAGUUUGGAAAGAAGUUUAAGCAUAUUGAUUUUCUAAAAUUACAUUCAAGAGUGUUACUGUUUUAAGUCUGUUUUUGAGGAUAUUGUACGUGGAUAAUACCAUAUAAAUGUGAAUAUUUUGAAAAUUAAUGUAAUCAAAAUGGUUUACAAAGGCAUCUAAAAAUACACACAGGAGAUAAACCACAUGAAUGUGGACAUUGUGAAAAGAAUUUUACUGAAAGUGGGAGCUUAAAAACACAUUUGAGGACACACAGGUAAGCAUACUACAGGAUACUCAUCAUUAUGGAUCUAAGUAUUGUGUAAAGCCAAGUUUAAAAUCGUUAAUGUAUAUUAGAAGACAAACACAGAAGAGACACCGUAUGUGAACAGUUUUGUUAGAAAUUUCAAAGCUGUACUCUUGAAAAAAACAUUUGAGAAAGACCAUAUAAAUGUGAACAUUGUUAAAAAAAAUGUAAUCAAAUUUUCAUUUGAAGACAGGAGAAAUUCCAUAUGAAUGCGAACACUGUGGGAAGGCAUUUAAGUGUAAUGGCGAGUUAAAAGGGCAUUUGAUUUGAAGGUACUGUACAUACAGGAAAGACACCUUACCAAUGUUAAUUUUGUGGAAAUAAGUUUAAAACCAAUGGCAACUUUAAGGUUCUUCUGAGAAUACAUUUAUAAGAGACACCAUAUGAAUAUAAACAAUGUGGAAAAGAGUUUAGGCAUAAUUCUUUAUUAUACUGUACACAUUGGAAAAUAAAUAUGAAAGGCACAGUAUGAAUAUGAACAUUGUUGAAAAAGAUACUAUGUUGACACACAAAGAAGAGAUUCUAUCAUGAUUAUUCGUUUUAUUAUUAAAAAAUUAAAAGUGCAUCUGUGGACAAAAGAACAAAAGAACAAAAUGAAGUAAAUUAGGCCAAAAAAUAUGAAGGAUACAUGUAGGGGAAAGAUGGUGGAAGUUGAAAUAUUAUAAUAAAAUUGGACACAAAUAUUUGUAUUUUAAAACACAAAAAUACCAAAGAUUCUACAAAUGCCAACAGUAAUGACAAGUUAUCAUUAUUACUCUUAAAUGCAAUACAAACUUACUAAAGUUUGUUGCACUUACAGUAUUGAUAAUUUUGCUCUUACUAAAGAGAGACGGUGAAUGUAUUGUUAUGUGUGCUCUGUACCAAUGCUAAAUUAUGUAUGAAAUAAUAAAUUAAAAGAUUACAGAAUAUUAAAAAUGAAAACCGACAAGGAACCUGGUUGUAA